AUGGCCAGCGGCAGCUUCGGAUUCCUACAGCCUGCGGACUUGACCGUUACAGGCACGGUCUUCCUGGCGCCAAACCUUUGGUUGCUGGCGUCGGCGUUGGUCUUUCUGGCAUGGCUCAUUUGCGAGCUACUCUUCUACAUCUGGUAUCGGCGUGCGUUGAAGAAGGCUCAGGCCAUCAAUUCGCCGCCGCUGGUCUCUGAAAAGGACCGGAACUUCGUGGUAGACAAGAUGGUUGCCCAUGCUGCAGACUACGGCAUGUGGCGGCAGGUCCAGGGCUGGUUCCUAACAGAGGAUCGGGAUAGGCUUUUGAGCCCGCACGAAGUGGGGCGGGAUGAGCUGACAGACAUGAUUGCCUGGGCCUUUUUCUACAAGAAGCUCGAGGAUUUGGAUGCAGAUGAGGUUGCUUGGACUGACUUUACGUACGAGAAAAUCAGCUCUGAGUUCCGCAUGGAUGAGAACCUGCGGCCAGGCAGAACUGGGGCGGUGCCAAUCAGGCAUACACUCGACGAGAUCCAUGCCCUUCACCGACCUCUCCUUUUCUACGCUGUCAUCCGCGCCCUGGACUUCAUGCACGGUUGCCUGCUGAUGGCCAGGGGCUUCAAGCGCGCGCAUCACCAGGGUCUCAGGUACUGGUACCGAUUGCGGAGCUGCUCCCAGGGCCUUCAUUGCCUAGAAUCCCCAGAACAGCCUCUGAUCUUCUUCCACGGUAUCGGGCUUGGCCUCACUCUGUACAUGCCGCUUCUGCUACGCCUGGGCUCGCCAGACCAGUUCCUUUUUGAACUGCCAUGGAUUUCAAUGAACCCAUUUGCAGAAAUUCCCGCCUCCGACGAUUAUGCACGCUGGGUGGUUGAAGUUUUGGAGGAGCACAACCUCACUUCCUGCGUUGCCCUGGGGCACUCCUUUGGGACUUUGCCUGUUGCAUGGAUACUUCGUUACAAGCCAGCGAUUCUGUCCCGAUGCGUGCUGGUGGAUCCUGUAUGCAUUCUGCUAAACCUGCCUGAUGUGUGUGUGAACUUUCUCUAUAAGCGGCCGAGAUCUGCCAUGGGCGCGUUGUUGCGCGUUUUUGGUGCUCGGGAGUUUGGCAUCGCUCGAACUCUCAUGCGGCAUUUCUUUUGGACAGACAGCGUGCUCUUCCCUGAAAUGCUGCCAGAGGGCUCAUCUGUGAUCCUCAUGGGCAAAGACAAGCUUCUGCCUGUGAAAGACAUUUACACAACAGCUGCAAAGCUUCCUCAGCUGAAAACCCUUGUUUUAGAUGGCCUGGAUCAUGGACACUUCCUGGUCUGGCCUAGGGCUACAUCGCAAAUAGUGGAGCAUGUUAACGGAGGCGUGUCAAAGACACACUAG